GUAGUGAAGUAUAGUUUUCUUGGAGUGAGCAAGAAUUCUAGCGGGCUAUUGUGUCUGCCAUAGUUCGUUCACUGAAGGUGUAAGCACGUGUUACCUAUCAUGUUGUUUUAUGGCUACUUAAUUGCUGCCGUUAAUUAAUAUAUCACGAACGGAUGCUGGAUACAUACCUGUGAUUUUGAUAAAAAAGAUAAAAGAAUUCAAUCGAGAGAUUACGAGAAAACAUGAUAUCUUUAUUGCAUAACAAGUUGUAAAAUUUGUCCUCGAAAAAAACAUGUUGUAAGUGGAUAGCGCUUACUUCACACCAAUUAAAGACAAGUGGACGAAUAAAAUGGAUUAAAUGAUCAGUUUUGUGGUUAAUAUAGUGAGCUUAAUAAUCUUGUGAAAAGUUAAUGAUAUCUUGGAAUAUCAUGAUUUCAAAAUAAUAAAAAUGAUACAUAGAUAAUUGAGUUGAUAUGUUUUAUAGCUAAAGGGUUUCCGCAUUUUUCGUUUGUGGAAUAUGGCUUAAAAUGCACUUCUUGUAAAGAUAUAUGGAUUAUUUUGUAGAAAAAAAAUCGUCGAGGGCAAAUCAUAAAACAAAUAUGUGUAACUACUGGAAGAUGGUGAAUUUAGUAAUUGGUGGAAUUAUGUGAUAAGAGCAGGUUGAGAAAUAUGAAGUAUUCCAAUUUCUUCAAAAUGGAAUCAAGUGAAAUCUCAUGCAUUAUAGUGCUUUUGUGUUUGACUAUAUCAGCUGUUAGCCAGUAUCUUAGCAAUGACAUAACCGGAGGAAAGGGACCACGUGUAAUUUCACUGGCGGUACGAUCUGACAUUUUGCACAGAUUCGCAGAAACGGUUGUGACGUCAACAGUUGUGAACGAACUUUAUGACGACAGAGAAACGACGUUUGACGUCAGCCUUCCAGAAGCAGCUUUCAUAUCAAAUUUUACAUUAGAAGUUGACGGAAUAUUAUAUCCAGGUCUUGUGAAAGAAAAACAAGCAGCCAAAAAGACUUACGACAAAGCUAAAAGAAAAGGACAAUCUGCUGGACAUAUAUUUUAUAAACCAAGAGACACCAAUAAAUUCCGCGUCACUAUAAACAUCGCUGCGCAGUCGGAAGUGACGUUCCAAUUAACGUAUGACGAACUCCUCCAACGAAAACGAGGCCAAUAUGAACAUAUCAUCUAUAUAGACCCAAAACAAGUUGUAGACCAGCUUCUUGUGGAAGUAUUCAUCUACGAAUCACGAGAAAUAACAGCUUUAAGGAUACCCCCUGUACGAAACGACAUACUGUCUAAUUCAUUUGAAAUAUCAACAACCAAUGAUUUGGCACUUGUUGAACGACCCUCUCCAAAAACUGCGUACAUACGAUACAACCCUUCUCCAGAGGAACAGAAAAGGGAUUCUGCACAAGGCGUGUCUGGAUUGUUUAAAGUCCAGUAUGACGUGCAGAGAUCACUUGAUGCCGGAGAUAUUUAUGUUGUGGACGGUUAUUUUACUCACUUCUUUGCACCAGUUGGGCUUGAACCUCUCCGGAAACGGAUUCUUUUUGUUCUUGAUAUAAGCGGCUCGAUGAGCUUCUCGCGGAAGAUUACACAACUGAAAGAAGCCAUGACCCAGAUAUUGAGUCAGCUGAACGAAGAGGACAAGUUCAACAUCGUUACGUUUGAGAGUAACUCUCAUCCAUGGUCGCCCGACAUGAAGAAAGCGAAUCAUGCUAAUAUUAAGGAAGCUACAGAAUUUGUGCAGAAUCUAAUAGCGGAGGGAGGAACAAACGUUCAUGACUCGCUGAUGGAUGGUCUAGAUAUUCUACAAAAUUCAAAUGACGCUGGUGUCAACGCCCCAAUAAUCGUUUUCCUUACCGACGGCGAUCCUACUGUUGGCGUUACAAACUUCAAAGAAAUUCUAAAUGCCGUUGAAUCAAAAAACAAAGACAAGAUACAAAUUUUCUGCUUAGCUUUCGGCAGUGACGCCAACUUUGAGUUUCUCAAAAAGAUUUCGGCCCGAAAUAACGCCUUUGCCAGAAAGAUUUAUGCCGACGCCGACGCCAUGUUGCAAUUAACAGGAUUUUACAAAGAGAUUUCAGACGUUCUUCUUUCUAAGGUAUCAUUUACCUAUCUGGAUGACACCGUGAAUCUUACAUCUCUCACGCAGUCACAAUAUCCAAGUUUCUUUGAUGGUUCAGAACUGGUAGUUUCUGGAAAGCUAAAUGAACUUGAUGAGGAUUUUAACUCCCUAACCUUGUCUGUGGUCGGAAAUGGCAAUAAAGGUGUUAUCGAAUUGUCUUCAACCACCCAGUUUGAAAGUCUCAAUAAAAAUACCAUACCGGAUUUUAAGACUCGGUUAGACUUUUCAACAAUCGUUGAAAAGACUUGGGCCUACUUGACCAUCAAGAAGUUGCUAAAAGAGGAAUUGAUAACUGAGAAUGACCUUCUUAAAGAAGAAAUAAAACUGGAUGCUUUGCACCUUGCCUUAAAGUAUAACUUUGUCACCCCAAUGACAUCAAUGGUAGUAACGAAGCCUGAACGAAGAAAGGAAAAUGGAACGAAAGAAGAAAACGGUGUCCAGGAUGACGAUGCCAAUGCAUUAGAAGGUAGUAAUGAUCCGGGUACCGCUGCUUUAACUGGCUCCUCUGGAACGCUGAAACUGUCUGGAAAUAAGUCAAAGUUUAUGACCGACAGUGAUCCGCAUUUUAUAGUGAACGUCAAAGGCCUCGACUACGCCAUAUGUUUUGACGUCAUGGGAGAGGAGGGCGACGUCUAUAAACUGAUAACCGACACUUACUCCAGUUUGACAGUAGAUGCAAAAGUUGUUGCUAACAAAAUGGUUGUUAAUGGAUCCAAUGUGUCGCAACACUCCAACCCAACUGAGAUAAAAACAUUUCUUGGCGAGAUAAGUAUAAAAAGAAGGCGGCUUGAGCUUACUGUCACACCUACAAAAAUCACGCUGAUGGGUGAAACAAUAGAUUGGGUGAAUGGUACCACAUUGAGUCACGGUAAAACCAAAAUAGUCGUAGAUCAAGCGGGUACAAUGGUUGUGGUAAUGUUUUAUGACAGAGUUACCUUUCUUAUUAUGAGGCACCUGAGGUCAAGGUCAUUACUCCGCGCGGGAAAGGUCAAUUUUCUCGGCCUGUACAUUGUGGAAUACGAAGGACUUUCUUAUCAUACCCACGGACUGCUUGGUAGGGAUACAAAAGAUUAUGAGUUUUCAACAUUUCUUUGGCACUUUCGAAAAUUAUGUUUUAUUCUACCCGUCAAGUUACAACACCUUAGAAGCUACUUUAUCUCAUUUUAUAUACACGUGAUUUUAAAGAAAACGAAAAAUCGAAAAGGAAAGUUAAUGGGACGGUUGAGAGUGAGUGGCAAUACUCAAAGACCACGCAAGGUCAUGGCAACCCUAGGCCAUCGGUUAAAUCUUGCUAAAAAUGAAACAGUCUCGUGUUGGAUGGUCCAGCAUAAUGGAGGCGCUCUGCUAGAUGGAAAAAUCACGGAUUAUUUGAUUAAACGAAAAUCAGUCGACAAAUUAGACGAAACAACUACAGACGAAAAUAAUGAAAAAAUACCGAAUGUUAAACAUAAACUUGAGAAAGGUAAACCAGAAGCUGAAAAAGACAGCGAUUCAAAUGCACUAGAAUAA